CAGACUUAGGGGGCCCACAGGACUCCGGGCAGCAAUAAGCAGGACCUGGAGAGAAAGUGUGUCGCCACUACGGACAGGUGUGUUGGACCUAAGAAAGACCCCACUACAUGCUCCAGAUGACUACUGAAACUCUUUCACUAGCUCCCACUACCACUGGAGUUUGCCACAGAAGCCAGGAUACCUCUGAGGUGGACAUAUUCAGGGAUAUGGUGGAGAGCAGGGACAUGGCAGAGAAUGUUCCCAUAACCACUACUCCAGAUGAUUCUUUGGUUCCCCCAUCGGAUGGUGCCAACAGUUCCGUUGCCAAAGACCAGGCACUGGAAGAAUCACCCUCUUCAGCACAUACUGAUAAUGGGGUUGAGAAGGCCACUCCAUCUCUUGCCAUGCCUUCUGAAGAGAUUAAAAUGGCAGAUGAUGUGAACCAGUCAAGCCAAGGGCAGGAUGGUGGCCAUUCUGUUCAUCAGGAGAAGAUGCCAGAAUUCUCCUCAGAACAACUGAAAGCAGAAGAUGCUUCAGGCUUGUUGGCCAAAGAGGAGGAUGGCAAUCAUAGUGAGUGUCACAGUGACAUACCGGAUGCCUUCUCAGAGCCACAAAGUCUUGCAGGAGCCUCAGUGUUGGAGGAGAAGGACGAAGAGGAGAAAGGCAGGCAACACCACUGCCAUAGUGAAGACCCACCUGUGCCUGCUGACUCCCUGGAACAGCUGGAAGUUAGCCAAGAGGCAAAAGGAAGUCCUCUUAUUCACCAUCACAGUACCUCAGAUGUUCCCUCAGAGAAUCAGGAGUCUACCAGUCACUCAGAUCACCCAGAUGUAAAUGAGGAAAGUGGAAUCAUCGUAGAUAGUCAUGGCCAGCCUCGUGAGAUGUGUCCAGGAUCUCCAGAGAAACUAGAACUUGCCAAUAUCCUCACGCAAGCUGCAGACAGCCAAGAGAAUGGCCAUGCUGACUGUGCUGCCGGAGCUUCACCCGAGUUUGUCUUCGCUAGUAACCACUCUCCCAUUCCUGUUUCCUCUAUUGAGUCUCAAGCAUCAUGCCCUGCUGAGGGUCUUCAUAAAGAUAUAAAGCCAGACUGUCAUGAAAUUACAGGGAAUGGCAAGGAAGAAUGGGCAUCAAGUGAACAGGUACCCCAGCCACUGAAUUAUGAGGAAUCUGUGAGUAACCUCAAUGGACAGCCCUCACAGGUUGGCUCAGGCAAUGAUCAGGCAAAUGAAGAGCACAUUGCCCAAGACACUGCCGAAAUGGCACCUGUGGCAUCCGCAGACCCUCUGCCAGAUACUGAACCCAAUUGCCAGCAGAUGGCAGCAGGCACAGGUUCUUCUGAUAGUGUUUCCCAGGCAGUGCCAACACAGUCUCCUGUGGCAACUGGGAUCUUUGGACCUGCCCAUGGGGGCCUGCCUGCUGCAUCUGACUGGGAAGGACGGGCUAUUUGUGAACCAAGUGGAGCCGGCAAUAACAGCAAUCCCCAGAGUGAGGCUGGAGCUGAAGCUGUGCUGGAAUCUGAAGAGGGUGAGGAAGCAGCCAGGGACGCUGAGCCUGAAGAAACCACUAGAGAGCCAGAAGAAACCACCAGAGAGCCAGGGCAGGUCAAGGAGCUCUCAGAGGCUGAAAACCUGGACAGAGAUUUCACUGUCUUAAAAAGUUCACCAGCGGCAACUGAUCCAGUUGGUCCCAAAGACCCAGAGGGAGCCAUGGUUCUAGCAAGUGUUGAAGAGCCACCAGAAGCCAGGGAUCGAGCAGACUCUCAAGAUUUGGCCAGGACUACAUUUCCAGUUGCCAUUCCAGAGCAUGCUGGUCCUGACCCAACCCCUCCAGAUCGGCUGCUGUUGGAUGCCAGAGGUCCUGCCAAGAGCGAAGCUCUGGUGAGCGCUGCUGAGCCAGUUUUCACUCAACCCAUUUCGGAUGAGCCCUCCACAAUGGCUGGCUUUUGCUGCCCCACAAACUGGACGGGAGGAGCAACUGGCCAUCCAGAGACCCCAAUUGAGCGGGAAAUUCGUCUCCAUCUGGAACGAGAAGACCUUCUACGCCGGGAACGGGGCCUGGCCAGCCUUCGGGACAACCAGGAGUACGUGGAGGUGCGCAUCAGGCCUUUUCUGAACCAAAGUGGGAUGCCUUCCACACUGCCCAAGGAGAAGGAACGGCAGUGGGCCGGGGCCCAAAUGCAACGGGAGAUCCAGCGAGAAUGUCAACGGGAGGAGGACCUGGUGCAGCUGGGGAAGGUCCGGGGGGCCUAUGACCGGGGCACACCGCAGGAGCUUCAGGAGAAGAAGAUGAUCUUUGAACAAUACACUAGUCUGGAUUUUCUGAUCCCCAGGAAAGUGUUGGGCAGGAGUGCUGAAGGGGUGAGGGGGCCCUCCUUUGCCGAGGCCAACCGUGCCCCCAACAUGGUCAUACUGGACUCAGAGGCUUUGCUACGGCCCCAACACCCUCCACUGGAAACAUCCAGCCCCUCUGGCAACCCCUUCUUCUGCUUGCGUACCAAAAGUGCCCAGUCUCUGCUAGAGCAGGAAGUCCAGGAGGCCCAGGAACGAGAGCGGGAGCUGCAGAGGCAGAGGUACAGCCUGUAUGGCUCUGUUUCGCCCUGCCAGCUGGCAGAGACCUCAGAGCCAGGAGACAAGGAGGUCCAAAACGAGCCAGGAAGAUCUUCCUGCAAGAAGCUGGAGGUGACAUGGCCCCCACAAACUUCUUCCAACACUUCCCAGGUGAAUGGCCUCCACCAGCCAGAGAGAAGCCCUCGAAUCCUUCGUCGCCAGAGGAGUGCCUUAAUCCAACGCUGGGAGUCAGGGGCUGUUGGCAACCAGGAGAAUGAGGAUUAGGGACAUCUUCCCAGCAAGAAGAAGCAGUGGGUUUCAUCUCCAGUGAUAAGACACAUGGGAUGGGGCAGAAAGGGUUCCAAUGCCUACCCCAGUCCUGUGCAAGCCAUGUGUGAGAGCAUACCCCUGAAGUCAAUCAUGUAUUCAUUUCACUCAGAUAUUGAUUUGACUUCUCUCCGAAAAUCAAAAGCAUAUCUGCAGGGUGAUUACAGGAUGAAAUAAUGUUUAUAGUGGACUGUCUUUUUCCUAGGUUUUUCUUUGGAAUUAAGAAACUAAUGGGCCAUUUCUAAAUGCAAAGCAUGAAUGCGUGUGUGUUAGUGUUACAUUUACAAAGACACAUCUAGAUGAACACUGAGGCCUCAUUCCAAACGCUUUUCCCAUUCAGGUCUGUGCUAGGUUUUCCCUAGAUCUGACUUGUAUUGAACAGACACACUGAGAGGUUUAUGGGUGCAUUUGUUGGUGAGAUAUGUGCACAGGGGUACUGUUGGCCAUGCUAUUAGGAUGCUUGAAUGCACAGAGCAAACAGGACAAAGAAUUUGGGAAAGUUACUUUUUGGACUACAAAUCCAAGAAUCCCCUAAUCCCCAUUCUGUCUGGGGAUUCUGGGAGCGAUAAUCCAACAAGUAAGUUUCCCAAGGCCCAGACCUAUGUCAUCAAUGCCCAAUCCCACCAAAACAUUUCCCUGUUGGUGCCAUUCACUGGUUACAGAGGACCAAAAGUCUGUGUAAUGUCUCCUCAGAUGAUUUCAGAGCUUGGAGAAGUUACACUUUGGACUAGAACUCCCAAAAUCCCUAGGUAAGGGAUUCUGUGUAUUAUAGUUCAAAAAAGGAUUUAUCCCCUAAAGCCUUGGUCCCUGUGACAUCAGAGCACCAGUUCCAGUAAAAAACUUUUUAUCCUCUAGUAUAUCAAAUUUGACAUGUCACAUGUGGUGUUGUCUUUGGAUAUGCAACCUCCAGGACCAAAAAAAAAUGUCUUAUAGGAGGCACAGACCACAAACAGUAAUGUGCUCCAUAUUUCCCUGUGGAUGAAUCAAAUCAAGGCAAAAAAAUGACUUUCCCCUGGAGCGUGCCUCUGAGUUUUUUGUUCACUAAAACAAGAAUCCUUCAGUUAAAAGAGAUGCUUGAUUUUGUCUAUGUCAGCCAGAAUUAAAUGCCAUUCAAAUAGGAGUGACUUCAAAAUUGUUGCCUUUUUGUAAGUGCUGUAAGAUUCACUGGCCUCAGGGAAAUGGACACAGAGAGUACCCUCUAGCACUUUUUAGACAAAGCAUUGCUUGUUUCCUUCAGUACUGGAAAAAAAUAAAUAAAGAGCAGUUGAGCCACCUAGGUGCCAGAAGCAACCUAAAAAAAUAAAUUGUCAAACAGGAGUAAAAA